UUGGAACAGAUAAUCACAAGUUCCUUUUAUAAAUUCACAUAUAAGAUUAUUUUCAUUUUUAUUAGGAGGAUUUCCUCUAACCCCCCUGUGCAACUUUCUUCUUCUUCUGAACAAUUUGGUUCUAUCCCUUGUCAUUUACUCUUAUAUUCUUAUUUUGUGCAAAUACAGAGGAGGAAAAAAGCUCAAGAAAAAAAACAAAUUCUGUUAUCUUGUCACUUCAAUCAGCAACUCAUAGACUUUUAUCUUUGGUAGAUUAUUUAUUUUAAUACUUCUUUGCAGUAAAUGCAGUAAAUAUUUGUUUACCUUUUAAAUGUUGCCUCAUUUUAAGGAACAUGCGUUUGUGGGAUGAGCAGAGCUUAACAUGUUGGUUGAGCCUUUGAAAUAAAUUUGCAGCCAAAACCAAACCUUUCCUUGCUGGUGACAUUUCUCUUUUAGUGGAUCUGAUGAUUUGCUUUAGAGGAAACAAGAUUUAUUUGUGUUUUAAUCAUAUAUUCUUUGAACAGUCAGGAAGUCUAAACUGUCAUAUGUCUCAUUUCUUCAGGCGCUUCAAUCAUCCAGUCCUCCAGUAAAGAAAAGCUGUUUGUUAUUGACAGAGCUGCAGAUGUGGUGACUUAUACUUGGGAAAAACCCACACAUUAAGCCCUUUCUUCAUCCCACAAAUGCACGUUUCUUACAAAUGUGCAAUCAUUUAUAGAGAAGUAAUCAGGUUUUCCAAAGUUAUGCGAUUUAUUUUGCCAAGAAGAAUUUUUAUAACAAAGAAAUCAUUUACUAAAUGUAAAUAUUUCUAUAUAGUUUUAAUGUUGAUGGACAUUUACUGGAUUUUUUUUUUCAUCUCAGGCUCUUACAAACCAUAAAAGUGUGUUGUUGGCUACAGCCUUCAUAGCAUUAAAGGCGUUUCAAUAUUAAAUGCAAAUAAUGUGGAACAAUUUACUAGUAUAAUAAGACAAAUCUUUGUUGAAUGGAAAAAUCAUUGACUGAAUCAGUGGACCUUCAUCACCGUAGCAGGAUUCACAGUUCAAGCUGGAUAUUCGCAUUCAGCUGUUUUCACUGAUGGUUAAUGAUGUGUUGUGUUUGAACAAGGAAGCAGGACUACCUGAAGAAAAGCCAGACCUCGUAGAACAUGCCAAGAAAAACGUAGGAAAACCCUGGACUGGUAUCAAACUCCUACACUGUUGAUGUGAGGUGAUAAUGGGCGAAGCACAUCUGAAAAACUCUGAGAGAAAAGGCUGAACGCUGCAGGGGAGAUCCACAAUAAUCCAACACAGGAAAGUGUGUCAAUUCAUGGAGUUAACCAGAAAGCAGCACAGCACUACUAUCAAUUAAGAAACUUUGACUUGUGUGGUUUUUUUGCACCCUGUUGUGUUUUAUUCUGGGCCUUUCGAUGUGGAGUUUGUUUGUUCUUGUGUGUCCUCUUCAUGUUCCUCCCAGAGUCCAAAGACAUGCAUGUUAGUGAUCUGCUGGCUGUAAUUAGCCUGGAGGUGGGACUGUCCGUCUCUCUGUGACCUGUGUACAGAACACUGGUGUUUCCACCGUGCCUCCAGCUCCCCGCAGUCCUGAAAUGGAAAAAAAUGUUGGUUCGGAGGAUGAAUGGCUUUGGUUUGGUUAUAAUGACGUUUGUGUGGGCAAAACAGACAUUUCAUCAGCAUAAACUGACCACAGAGUCCGUUGUGUCAGAUGGGAUCAUGUCAUCAGGGCUCCUCCCACAGCUCAGCAUGUAAACCACUUCAGCAUCCAGACCCAUUCAGUUCUGUUUUUGCAGCACAGGCUCUCCUGGCUGUGGCAGUUGGAGGUCCUAUUUUUAAAAAGCUCCACUUGGGAGGAUGUGGUCCGCUGUGUUGUUUUCCUUCUCUUGUGCUUCUCAGUUUGGUCUGAUUUGGGACUGAUGUGCCAGUAGGACACACAGGUACAGAGCUGUCUCUCUGGCCGCUUCAUUUUCAUAUUUCUCUCUAAUAUUUGCACAGCAAGUGUCAUUAACUGUUGUCUUUCCAGUGGGAACAGUGCUCUGCCACACAGUUUGAAAUAGAUUAAACUGUUUUUCAAACUCGUUCAGAUGCAUGGAAAUUAGAUUUGAUUCAGUGAAAAACGCUUUUGCAUUGUAGAGAUGCUAAACAGAUUUCUUUACUCUGUCUUUUCUUUACUUUUCUCCUCUCUAACGUGAGCAGGUGAAGUUCUGUGUGUGUGCAGUAGGUUAGCCGAGGCAGAGAUCGCUGCGUCUGCGCCACGGCAGGUCAAGUUUGCCUGACACGGCUGGACAAUACGGCCUGACAGCACACAAUGGGUCACUGUAGCACCUGCUUCCUCUCAGGACAAUUGAUGGUGCUUGCGGGCUGAGAGCGGGAUGUGCCAGGUAGCAGCACGUUUCCCCCCCGCUGUGUGCACAUGCAGCCAUUCUCUGCUCAUCAGAUUUGUUGUUAUCUGACGAAUAUCUGUCUGAUGACAAUACAAAGCCAUGAAAAUAUGGAUAUUACACCUAAACCUCAGCAGAGAUUUGAUUUCUUUGAGUGAUUCUAAUAUAUUUGGUUGAUUAUUUCUUAUGCAGCAGUGGCUCAUGUUCUCCUCCCUACUGCAUCUUCUACUCUCCUCAUCACGGCGCUCCUCUUACUCCCACUUUAAUUUACACAGAAUACCUCGGAAGGCCUUUUCCUGUUUUCAUGGGCGCAGGUGACCCCAGUUCUCCCGCCGCCGCCGCUUCCUCAUGUGUGCGGACAUCCUGUAGGCCGAACGUCCGAAGCUCGGCGAGGGGAAAUAUUCCUCCUCAUCAAUCUCAGGCUGGUCUGAUGUGAGGUUAAGGAAGCACCGCAGCGCUCUGCUCUUUGAGGAAAUGUGCUCAGCUUGUUGUUUGAAACGCUUUCAUUGUGUGGUUUUCGGUUUGUGAGCGAAUGAAUGAAGUCUUAAAUACAUUAAGUCUUUAAUACAUUAAGAAUGCAGUGAGUCGUCAGGAAGUUUCAGAUAUCCAUAUCACUAAGCUCAAACAUGGUAAGUACAUAUAGAUCUGCUAUAACUAGUCAAGUAACUUUGCCACCUUUCAGUUUAAUAUUGUUACUAACUUCCAGGAGCUUACACACCAACCGAGACGACUGAGCAUCAAAAGGGAAGGGGCCCGUUAAUGAGAGUCAUUAUCCGUCUCACUUUUCAAUCUUAUGAAACCUGUUGUCUGCGGCGGAUUUUAAGAAUGAGAAAAAGAAGAAGUUGUGGCAUCUGUUUGCAGCCAGCUCAUCUCCGUCACGCUCACACCGUCUGUGACUCACUGCUUUUUGUAGGAAGUGCCUUGCAGGCUGCUCUCUGUUCUGUCCUUUGCGGUCCGCGCUCCCGUUGGCAUCUCUGUGAGUCUGAGCAUGUCUUUCAUCCUUGAUUGCGUUUGAUUGCUUCCAGAGAGGAGAUCAUAAAGGCCUGUCAACUUCAGCGACAGGAAGCCGCGAACAAUUGAGGACACAAUCGACGGUGGAAUUCUUCUUUUCUGUUCGGGACUUCCUCUUGUUGAUGCUCUCGUGUUUUGUUUGUUGACGUCCUGAUGCCUCAAGCAGAAAUGAUUCAGACUAUGGGCUCAAAGCUCGUGCACGGAGGACCGAGCAUCCAGCACGUCCUGGAGCGCUGCCUGUGCGACCCUCGGCCUCACACCCUCGACAAGCAGCUCUGGAACGCCGGACUGUGCAUAAACCGCUGGUGUUUGGAGGAACUUGUGAAGAGAGAUCCACACAACUUCCUCAUCCUUCUGCAGAAAAUACUGAGGAAAACAAGAGAGGUGCUGGAAAAGUGUCAGUAUGAACAACUGGUGCCUCUGACUCUGUUGUUCUCUUCAACCCUCCUGAAAGCUCCCCACGUGGCUCCGGACUGCAGCGUCCUGCAGGAGGCCUACCUGCUGUUCCACAGGUUCCUGUCCUGGCCGGAGCCCUGCAGCUCCGCCUGCAAGCGUCUGCUCCGCCUCAUCCAGCAGGAGCGUCGAGCGCCAGGUAUUUCAUUCCUCAGACUGGUGCAAACGGAACAGGGAAUUUCCAGCGAGAUAAACUGCUCUAAGACCAUAACGGUGCUGCUGGUGAGCCCGGAUGACGACGUCCCAGCGGAGGUCCGCUCGGUCUCCGAGCAGCUGAGCUCCCCCCACCAGUCCAGCAGAGACCUCACCGCCACCCUGAUCCUGCACAGCUUCCAGGCCGCGCUGGGCGCCGCGUCCGACCUGCAGGCGCUGCAGGCCGCCCUGCAGACGAUGCAGCCCGAGGAGCUGCAGCGGCUCCUGGAGGCGGUGAGCGACAGCAUGGAGACGGCCACGUGCGCAGCAGCUCUCAGGACCACGAUGGAGAAGCUCAGGGAAGGUCUGACUGUUCCUGCUGAUCGCUGCAAAGAUCCUGUAGAAGGAGUGGAGAUUUUGACCCUGCCUCUCCCCAAAUGUCAUAUGUGCACAUGGGAAAAUGACAACUUUGACAUUCUGAAAGAUGUUCUUGCACCUGAGGCCGACAUGGAUUCACCUGAAGACUGUUUCCUCAAAACUGAAGUAGAGGAGGACGAUAUUAAUGACACCAGCGUGGACGAGGAGGACAAGCCGGAAGGAGACAAAGUGGACCACGAACCGAACAGCCACCGCAUUUCCACUGCGUCCUCCUCCUCCAGAGACUCCAUGGUCUCCAGCUACUCCCUGUCCUCCAGCUGGUCCGUGCCGUCGGCCUCGUCGGGCGUGGAGAGCGACUUCAGCGAGGACACGACGCACGAGGACGCAGAGGAACGCCAAGACAGUCGGCCAAAACCCAGAAAGAAACCCAAGAAGAAGUCCAGGUCCCUGCUGGGCAUCGAGCGCUUCUCCAUGUUUCUGAAGAGUCCGCGCAGUCCCAGCGUCUGCCGGCGCGUCCAGAGCAUGAACUACAACACCGACGUGACCAAAGACUCCCAGAGAAGCGGCUCACAGGUCAAUCACCCCCAGUUUUCUUCCAGACAGGCCGCCCUGGACGCCCUUUCCCCGCAGAAGCACGUGUGCAUCCGCAGGCGGCCCAUCCUGAGCUGCGACGAGGGCGCCGAGCCCGAAACGCCAACGCUGGUCAAAGUGGUGGUGUUCGGAGGGGACCGGGAGGCCGGCAGGCUGGCCAGAGCGUACAGCGACCUGCAGCAGAAGGAGAGCAAAUGCCCCAGGCUCACCAAGACCUGCAAACUGCAGUUUUACUUUGUUCCUACCAAGAGAAGGACUGGAGGUCCAGGAGGAGGACAUGCUCUGAACGAAGGGCAGAUAACUAAAACCUGCGCAUCUGUGGAGUUAAAUGGCGUUACGAUGGAGGACAGCACGACCGAAAUCGCCCAGAUGGUGGGCCUGAUGGACCCCUGGUACGAGAGGAACGUCCUCAGUCUGCUCAGCCUGUCCUCGGAUGUGCUGUGUCAGACGGCCUCCAAGGACGAAGACGUCUCAGUGAGCGGCGUGGAGCGGCUCCCCCUGCUGGCCGACUUGGUGCUUUAUUACUGCCGACAUGCAGACCAGCCUGUUCUGGUGCAGCUCUACCAGGCUGAGCUGACGCUGGCUGGUGGCGAGAAGAGAAGAGAAGUGUUCAUUCACUCUCUGGAGCUUGGCCACUCAGCAGGAACCAGAGCAGUGAAGGCCAUGGGUGCUGCCAGCAAAAGAUUUGGAAUCGAUGAAGAGCGAGAGGCCGUGCCUUUAACGCUGAAUGUGGCUUACAACAAGGUAGCUGUUAGUGGGAGGAGUCAGUGGAUCCAGAAGGAAAUAGUUUGCACAUCCAUCAAUGUCUACAAAGGCUGCACAAAGCUGGAGCAGCUAGAUUCAACAGAGAAUCUGCAGCUGACGAUGACAGAAGUCCUGAAGAGGCAGAGCUCCAAAUCCAAAAAGGUCAACCAGCACAUUUUGACCACAGAGGUGAGAGUGGACAAGGUGCAGGUGAAGACUGAAGAUGAGGGCGCAACGUUCGCCGUGUGUCUGGAUCAGGAUCAAAAGAAGUUCAUCCAAAAGGUCACCAGCUGUGAGGUUUCUCUGUGCUGCAAACCCGGAAGUGGUUCCGACUGGAGGUCCUACAAGCCGUCUCCAGGCCAGGUUCAGCCGCUGCACCCGUCCUACUGCUCCCUGCUGUGCCUCCCCAUCACCUCCUUCUCCGCAUCAACUUCCUGAAACUCUCGGGACUGCACCCAGCCACACUGGGGACGUCGUAUUCACACGGCACCGGGGUUUCCAAACCGAAACAGAUUACAGGACGACCUUCGUCAGCCAGGUCAAAUGCACCUCUCGAUUACCUGGGUGGAUUCAACAAGGCGUUGGAGGAAUUUCUCAGAGAUUUUGUUCCAUAUUGACUGGAUGUAAUCACACAGGAGAGAUGGACCACCGGUUCAGAAAGGGAUGGUCCUGCUCAGCAUGUAAACAAUCUUUAAAAGGUACUAUGGAGGCCGGAGCCUAGAGGGAAUAACACCCCUUUCUAACUUUCUAAGCAUGAAGACAGGACUAACACGGACAACAACACACUGACGACCAAUACUUAAUGGUUCGUUAGCUCAAGGCUGAAGGUUUGAUUGUUCCAUUUAAAGAUACAGAGGCAGGAUACUGAAAAAUGACAGAAAAAAAACUAGACUGGCUGAAAAAAGUGCGUUCAAAAUGAAGAAAACAACCCUAAAACCUUUACUGCAGGAAGAGAACAGGGAAGAAUUUUAUUCAGAAUUUUAUUUCUGAUAAUUAUAACAAUUCCUGAUAAUUAUUAGCACAGUAUAAGCUGUAAGAGGAACUGUAAACCCCAUAAAAACAGAAUGUUUCACUUUCUGAAGAGCCCGAAGAACAAUGAAGUUUCUAUAAACAGUCAUGACAAAAAGCAAAAUAAUAACUUUACUGCAUGUUCUGUUGCAAUGUCGGGUUAUUGGACGCACAGUAGUGAGGUUACUGCUCAACUCCUUCCACAGUUCAGAACCAUUCAUUUGGCAGAACUUGAGUUGCCUGUGUGUGAGGAGUGUGCGUGUGUCCUCUCUCUCUCUCUCUCUCUCUCUCUCUCUCUCUCUCUCUCUCUCUCUCUCUCUCUCUCUCUCUCUCUCUCUCUCUCUUUCUCCGCCCAAUGAACAUGUGUGGAAUUCCCCGAAGGUUUACACUUAUAUUAAAAGUUGCUCCAGUCGUCUUUCUUCCUGGUUACGGUGAUUGACAUAAACUUUGAUCUCGUCAUCUCCGCAGUGUUUAUGUGUCGCAGCACUUUGGAUUCCUGCCACAUAUGCAUGCAGUUCAUGCAGUUCGUUCAGAGGUUGUAUUUGAUAUAGUCAGGACAAGUGAGGAACCUUAAAGACACAAAAUAAAAGAGUGCCACCACGA